AUGAGCAAUUAUAUAUAAUUCAAGCUUAUCUGGCCUAGCGGCCCAAAUCAAAGCAUCAACAGAUACAGUUGAAAAGUAUCUCAAAGACCAUAAUCUACCGACUCCAUCUUUUCACGAAGAUGGCCCUGUAGAUUUUGGGCUAGAUGAGGAAGCUCAAAAAGCCCUAGAAACAGCGAAAACAUCUAUUGUUGCUCUUCGACCAGUGUAUAAUGGGGUGAGCCUCCAAGCAAUAUACUGGUAUGAUGUUGCGUCCAAAGUACCCAUAAAUGGAGAGAUAUCAUAUCAAGAUCUCUCCACAAAGUGUGGACUUAGUGUCAUCAACUUGCAAAGGAUUCUACGUUUCGCCAUGAUCUGGAAUCGUUGUUUUACAGAACCACGCAAGGGUUUUAUGGCUCACUCUGCAGCGUCUAGGAUUCUCGUUGAUAACCCUAUGGCGCGAUCAGGUCUUGGAUUCAUGUUUGACGAGUGCUGGCAAGCUUUUUCUCAUACGCUCGAUGCUGUCAGAAAUCAUGGAGACACUGAAGAUGUUACUAAGACAGGCUGGAGUCAUUAUUACAAAACUGACCAGGGUCUGUUCAAAUAUCACGCAAGUCGUCCAGAGAUAUCUCGUCGUAUGGCCAAAGCUAAGACCUGUUUUAGCAGCGCUAUAUCAGUAUCAUCCCAAGCAUCUUUUUUGGUCAAGAACUAUCCCUGGGAUACUGCUGCUAAAGUUGUCGAUGUCGGAGGAGCACAAGGUCACAUGUGUGUCGAACUGGCACAAACGUAUCCCAACUUGAAAGUUGUUCUUCAAGACUUGCCGGACGUUGUUGAUGGAAUUGAGAGAACUUUAUCAAAGAAUGUAAAAGACAGGAUCGAAAUCAUCGGAAACGAUCUCCUCACCGAUCAAACCGUUCAAGCCGACGCAUAUUUAUUCAGCCAAAUCUUUCAUAAUUGGCCGGAGGCUCAUUGCAUCAAGAUACUCCGAGCACUAAUUCCACAGUUGAAACCUGGUGCACGGGUCAUUUGCUACGACCAUCUACUUCCAGAGCCUAGAACAAUACACUUACUUAGAGAAAAAGCUGUCAGGGAUAUGGAUAUGAUCAUACUUCCUCUCUUCAACUCUCGCGAGCGCGAUGUCGAUGAUUGGGCUAACUUAUUCCAAGCUGCUGAUCCUCGCUUUGGGAAGCCAAAAGCAUGGAUCCCAGAAGGUAGCAAUUUAGUUAUUAUUGAAGCGACGUGGGAGGGAGGUGGUAAAGGCGUACAAGAAUUAACUUCGGUUUCUGUUUUGCUUGGACGUAAUAACACCUACAACUAGAUACCCUCGAAGCUAAUGUGCCUGUCACUU